AUGUCUCGUGAGGUCAGCAAACCCAUUCGUAUUAAUAAUCCCGCCUCUGAAAGCUUCCACGAUGACGAUGAUAUUGCGGCUGCCCAAAAUCCACUGUGUCUGGUCCAAAACAUUAGUGAGUCCCCAGAUGUCACACAAAAGAAGCUCAUGUCUGAUAUACGUAAGCUAACGCUCAAAGUGAGCGAGUUGGAAAAUUUCUGUGAUGACUGUGAGAGUGAAAAGCAGGAGUUGUUACAAACUAAACUUGAACAUGAAAGGGAGAUAUCUGCACUUGAAGAAAAGUGUCGAAUCAAGGAAAGGGAACUGGUUGAACUUCGUGACGCAUGCAACGAAUUGCAUAUUUGUCAGAUUGACAAUGAAAAAUUGAAGGCAGAAAUAGAACGAUUGAUAGCCGCGCUGAAGAGUUCUCAGGAAAUUAAUGAGGCAGUCGAAGUUUUGAAAAGAGAAAACGAUGAAUUAACCAAGGAAAAUACCAUGUUUGAUAACAAAAUAAAGCUUCUGGAGUCGGAGGUUGCCAAAUGGAAAACUAAUAGUGAAUGGAAAAAGCAGUAUGAACAAGUCAAGGACGCUCUAGAAAAAGCUGAGAAGGAACUCUUCGAGUUUGUGAAAGAGAGCGAGCACACCAAGGCGGUGUCGGAGGUGGAAUUGAUGAGAUCACGGCAGAACCACUCUCAGCCGGUACAAUGGGCGACAAUUUCCUGCUUACGUUGCACGUGCACUUGCCACCAUCGUGCUUUCCAGUUUUCUCAAAUCGGUGAAGACUCAAGACCUCCCUAUGGCCCUAGUGACGGUGUCGGCGACUUUUGCAGCACCUCGUCUCCUUCCUCCCAGCCCCCGGAGUCCACACAGAACAUGGGUGAAAUCUCCGUGGUCGAUGUGUCACUAUGGAGAGACACUCGCUCCAGUUUAACUCAAUCAGAUGCUACUGGUGAGUGUUUGGGGGAGAUAAUGGCCCAGGACACCAAAGUCCAGGAUCUGCAAACCCAGUUAAAUGUUGCUCGUAAUGAGGUGGAUCGCCUCAAUGUGGAACUAUCUCGAAUCUCAACUCAACAUAAAACCCUAUCGAAUAAAUACAAAUCGGAGCUAGAAAGCCUAGAAGCACGAAUAUGUGAUCUGAAUUCGGAGAGGGAAACCCUCCUUACUGAUUUGAAGGCGAAGUGUUUAACCCUCGAAACGGUGAACGACGAAGUAUCUAUCCUUUCAUCUCAACUGAAGAUCACAUCAUCUGAAUUGACGGCGGUAAAAACGGAAGCAAACCAUCUUAAAAAUGAGCUGGAUCGCACUUUGCACAAACUGGAUGAAUCCGAAAUGGAUAAGCUUGGUCUCAGCGACAAAUUGAAUUGUUUUGAGUGUGAAUUGGCCCAGUUUCUUGAAAAGGAGAAGGAAUUUAAAGAAGUUAAACUUGGACUUGAGGAACAGUUGAAUGUUGCACAAGCGGAAAUAAGAAGUUUACGAAGUGAGAAUAAAGAAACAGCUGCUGCCCUGGAAAAUAAACUUGAUGACUUGAUGAGGCAAUUAUCCGAAACACAAAGUCAACUUAAGUCCAAUGAGAUCCUUAGGACCGAACUUUCUGAUUACUUGGAUUCGCUGCAGAAUGAGGGGAAGAGGCUGGGUGAGGAAAAAGUUAUACUCUCCGAACAAUUGGCGCUUUCCAAAAAGGCGGCAGAUGACUUCAGUGCCAGACUGCAGGAAGCGAUUACCGACCUAGAGGAGAAAGCAAGUCUGGUGGAGCAUUUGAAACUGGAACGUGUGAAGUUGAUAGAAGCAAGUGAUACAGCCCACGAGGAGCUAUCGAAGGUGAAGUCUGAACUGUCUCGAGCCCGGGAGGAGGUUGCUCGUUUAUCCGAUGAGCUGAAUGAUAACGAUGACGCUGGUAUACGAGUUGAACAAUUGGAGUCGUCCCUCAGAACCCGUGAUUCCAAUAUCGCAUCGCUGAACCAAUUGAUUUGUGAAAAUGAUGCUGUCAUUUCGCGUUUGACGGAAGAAAAAAGCCGUCUUGAGGUAAUUACCCGUGCUCUGAAAGUUGACUUAGAAGCGCAAACAUCUACUUGUAAUUUGUUAAUUGAAGAGCGUGAUAAGGCACUAAACGACUGUGAUAAACGUACUCAAGAAAUCACAGAUGAAAAAAAGCGCUUUCUUAGACACAUGAAUGCAUUGGAGUCAGAUCUAGUGAAGCACACGCGAGUGAAUAAGGAACUGAGCGAAAAAUGUGCAUCUACGGAACAGGAUCUUUCGAAUUUACAGCAAAAAUUGUCUUUAAUACAGGAUGAAGCAGUCCGCUUAUCGGAAACUAAUCAAUGUCUGAUUGAUGACAACGCUAAGCUUGCAGAGGAGAAAGUAAACCUUAAGCAGCUUCUCGAAGAAGAAUCUUCCCUUAUAGCAAAUUUACGCAACGAGAAUGGUGCCUUGACGAUGGAGAUUUCAAAGUUGAAGUUAGACGCAGAAAAGUACCAACAGGAGAUAGUCGAGACCUACGGCGAAAAGUCAAUCAUGACAGAAAAGUUAGAGAGUCGUACCAUUGAGUCAAUGAACCUGGAAGCGCAACUGACUGAUCUCCGGAAUCAGUUGGCACUGGUGACGGCAGAUCAGGAGAGACUCUUAGGGAGCAAUACGGAGCUCAGCGCGACUGUGGCAGUGAUGGAAGCAGACCGAUCGCAUCUAGAGAGUCAGCUUGGCGAGAUGCGACGGAAGUAUGCAGAAGCGAUGGCAGUGGGGGCACAGCACGAAGAAGCUAACCAUCUGCUGGAGGAAAACGUGAAGCGCCUGCGAACCGACUUCUUGGCUGCCGAGCAGCGCUUGGCCGAGGCUCGCCAAUCUGCCUCUGUUGCUGCCUUGCAUCGUCAGUUUGCAGAGAAUGAGUGCUCUCGUCUCCUCAAGUUUAUCGAAGGACUUGAGCUGCGCCUGGACUCCGCGACAACAGAGCGGUUAGCUUGUGAAGAGCGUGUGGCGGCAGAAGUUGUGCGCUGUCGCCAGUUGGAGGGGUCACUGAACGAAAAGGACACCGUAAUAAGUGCUCUCCGGCACCAGCUUAACCAACUCGACGCUCAGUGGAAGUCGGCUCAGGAGAUGGAGGCGUCGACUCUAACUAAAUAUCUUAAAUCCAGGACGGCUCACAACGAGGCGGAGAAGCGUCUUGCUUUGCUCGAAUCCAGCUCUUCUAUUAUUGGGGACAGAAAAAGAAACUUUGGGAGUUCGGAUCAUAUAUCACGCAAUCCACCGAACGCAGAAGUUGUUCUUACCCCGAUGACAAUGAGCGAGUUCCCUGAACUCCCCUCUUUGAGGAGGCACUCCGAUGGUACAACUCCCCACAGUUUGCGUAAAAGCCGCAGUCAUCAUGAGCAGCCUUCGGGAGGUCUGCGAAGUGUCGCCGAUAUGGUCAGUUCAGCGGGAGAAAAGGGCAAUCUGCACAAACCACAUUUUGAAUCCGUUUUUCAGAAUGAAAGGAAAUUUAGGCAAUCGCCGCCGUUUGGAGAUAUGUUCCCGGCACCUCUUCAGGGGGUUGUACGUCCACAAGGUGUGGAGCCCUCGAGUCCGGAAACUCGGGAGGUGACCUUCGAAUCGUGUUCAGGGGAGGAGAGGGGUCGUAUGGUUGAGGGCGAAAGUGUCCCUGCUCCCUCUUUCUCUCCACCAUUGCACUUCAUUCACAUCAAGGACUUCGCUUUGUGCACCCCACUAUUUGACCAGGAGACGGAUACCCUCAAGGAUAAAAGUCGGCUUGUGGUCAGUCCAAUUAGUCCGCAGGAAUUUGAGCAGUCAUCCUCGAAUAACGUUGUUUUAACGACCAAAAGACCUAUCCAUGUCGCCGAAACAGUGGAACUACCGAGGUGUGCUUCAGCACAAAAUGAGCCGUACCUUAGUGGCUGUGAUGUCAGCCUAAAAGAUUUACUUCUUAUACACCUCAAAGCUGCAAGCAACGCAACAAACACUGAUACCGACACGGUUUCCGAAUUGGAGGGUUGGCCGCCGUACAGCAAUUGUGCAGCCCCACUCAGCCCCCAGGCUUUACGCGGGAAUAGAAUAUUCACAGUUCCGACCCCAUUUGAAUUUCAUUAUCGCCGCCUUCGGCGUCUGCUGAUCGCCCCUGCAGCGGAGGAGAUGGACGUAGAAACGGCCGCGAGCUGCCUCGAGGCCAAAUCCAUCCUUGGAGACGACUUCUCGCAACACAUCUCGAAUCUUGCAGAAACUCCAUGCCCACAUAUGGAUGAGAAACCAUCCACCAAUAGUCACAUCGUCGCAGCUUCUUCCGAGCGACAAAAUCAGAGAAACGUCAAACCAGUCAACGUUAAUGCAAGCACGAGAAUCACUCCCAUCAAAACUCUCACGCCAGAGACCACCAUUCGAAUAAAGGAUUUGUCUAAGGUAAAACUGCGUGCACUACACAAAAUGGCCCAGAUAAAGACUCUUCUUUCACGCGCCCCUUCACAGAAGACCUCUCUAAACGUGAGGACAGCGCAGUCCACCAUCUGCACCUUAUCAAUCGAAGACUGUAAUGAAUCGGACACCUCGGAGGGCAGGCAAGUGGGCGUCGAUCCCGCCGCCUCGAGGUCCACCUCGGCAUCUCGUCCGCCUGCGGCCAAACUGGCCCGCUUUCAGUCUGUCCAGGAGCUCUGUGAUCUCGACGCCACACCAUUGUCUCUGCGUUGCAGUACCAGUAUGAACGCACUGGACAGGGCAGCAGCUGGCCGUACACAGGGGGUCGCCUCGUCACGGCCCGGUUUUCGCCGAUUUAAAGACAAAUUCGGCAAGGUGAGAGGCCGUAAAACCAGCGCCGAGGGUACACCAGUCGCAUCAGGCAGACCCGCAUAUUGGAGCGACAAGGAGAAUGCCGAGUUAGAUCAACUCGCGCGUAUCUCAUCUGCGUCUAGUGUCAAAGCGAAGAAGCACAACAAGGUGAGCGUUCAGACAAGUGAGCUUGCACAAAAUGCAUCUUGCCACCCGAACACGUACAUCUCCAUGGAGCGCAUACAAGAAUCUUUCUCAUUUUAG